GUUCCGCUGUGCCGUCACCACGAUGCUGUGUCCAUUGUCGAGGUCGUCUCCUCUUAUACUUAUGUGUACCGCUGAAGAAAUAAAGGCCCUGUUCGUCUCUGUUAUACGUGUUUACCUUCGCCUGGACCUCCGCACAGCCUGAGAGGCACGACCGUCAAAUGCCAAGCUGCUAGACGCUCAGUUUGUUGCGAUCUGUCAAUAUGCGACUCUCCCCUGCGUAAUUUUGGGUCAUUCGUGACCGUUGCAUUAAGGAUACACCGUUCCAGAACAUCUCAUCAUCAUGACAGAGCGGUGUAUCCCCUUCACGCAGGAUGCCUGAAAACUGAUCUGCACGUUGUCGGCGCGAUAUAUGGCUGACGCGGUGCUGUAGACUGCUUCCCCUUUUCCCCGUACGUGGGUUCCUUCAUUGGCACGAUGUUUGGUCUCUUCAGCUUUCUAGUCAUUCUCUUGGUUUGUGUCGGUUAUACUCAUGGCUCAAUAGCUUGGAAGGCAACGCCCUUCAAUCCUCCUUCUGUCCCUCUUGCUGUUCGUUCUCCAUAUUCAUCGGCAUGGCUGUCCCAAGGCGCAGGUUCGGGAUCCGCGCUCAGUGCUGCUUGGCCUCAAUUCUGGAACGGUGAUACACUUGGAUGGGCGGGUUUCGUGAACGUCGAUGGCGUCUCGUAUAACUUCCUGGGAGCUCCUGCAGUAGCCAAUACCACUUUCAAGAGAGCCACACAGGCUAGCCUGUCGUGGACAUCGACACAAAGCGUCUUCGUCAUGACCGCUGGGCCUGUGCAACUAACAGUGACAUUCUUGAGCCCAGUUGAGCCUUCGAGCCUCGUCAACCAGUCCAUGCCAUUCUCAUACAUGGCAGUUAAUGCAGCACCUACGGAUGGCAAAUCGCAUUCUGUCCAAGUGUACUCGGAUAUCAGCGCUGAGUGGGUAUCUGGAACUGACAGCCAGAAGGUGAACUGGACAACGACCACGGGCGACGUGAUCAUCCACCAGGCUCAACUGCAGAACCAGACGUUGUUCGCCGAUAGUGGCGACCGUAUUCAGUACGGAGCGGCAUACUACUCGUCUCUCAGCUCGUCAAACACGACCUGGCAAACUGGCCAGGACAUCGUCCUGCGUGCUCAGUUUAUCAAGAACGGCACUCUGCUGAACACGCAAGACACUAACUUCCGCGCUAUCAACAACAAUUGGCCGUGUUUCGCCUUUGCUCAUGACCUUGGCAAUAUUUCUGGCCAGUCGGACGCGGUCGUGUUCGCUGUGGGGCAUGCCCGGGAUCCUGCUAUCAACUAUGUGACAUCCGGUGGCACAAUGCAGUCUCGGAGCUCGCUGUACCUAAGUCAAUUCUCGUCAAUCAACGACGCUAUCACGGCAUUCGUCAAGGACUACAGCAACGCGCUGAGCCGGGCGGACGCGCUUGACGCGGAGGUCAACAAGGACACGUCGGCGAUCUCUAGCAACUACUCGGACAUUGUCGCGCUCUCUAUAAGACAAACUUUCGGUGCAAUUGAGUUCACGUACACCCCGGGGAAUACUUCUGAUGUCAUGGCGUUCGUCAAGGCAAUGAGCAGCUCAGAGUCAAUCAGUACCACGGACGUGAUCUACCCUGCAUGGCCGCUAGUCCUUUAUACGAAUGCCGCCAUUGGUAAGGCGCUACUACUUCCGCUGCUCGAGUACCAAGCAACUGGGCAAUAUCCGAACAAGUGGGCUUGCCAUGACUUGGGCCCUGCGUACCCGAGCGCUCCUGGGUAUCCAAAGGGCAAUGACACUCAGAUGCCUAUCGAAGAGAGUGGCAACAUGCUCAUCAUGACAUUGAGCUACACUCAGAAGACUGGCGACAAGUCGCUUAUCACGACAUACUACAACCUGCUCGACCAGUGGGCCCAGUACCUCGUCUCAAACACACUCGAACCAGCCUCCCAGCUAAGCUCAGAUGCCUUUGCGGGCUCGCUGGUCAACCAGACCGACCUCGCCCUCAAGGGCAUCAUCGGUAUCAAGGCUAUGGCGGAGAUCGCGAGUCUGGUGGGCGACUCCUCUGCGAACUCGAAUUACAAUUCAAUCGCAUCUUCGUACGUGCAGAAGUGGCAGCAGAUGGCGACGACAUCGGAUGGGAUGCACCUCACACUGCAGUAUGGCAACUCCUCGAGCUGGGGUAUCGCGUACAACUUGUACGCCGAUCAGCUUUUGGGUACCAACAUCGUCCCCAGCUCUGUCUACGACAUGCAGACGCAGUGGUACACAUCCGUCGAGAACACGUAUGGCGUGCCUCUGGAUACUCGUAACACAUACACUCUGAGCAACUGGGAGAUAUGGGCCGCCGCGAUCAUGACGACCACCUCCGCCAGGAACCAGUUGAUCAACUACGUGCACAAGUACCUCGCGUCCAGCCUGAACAGCCUCCCCGCUUCUGAUUGGUACGACACUGCAACGGGUAAGGCGCAGUGCAGCACGGGGAACAGCUGCCAGCCGUUCAGGGCACGGCCGGUUGUCGGUGGCCAUCUCGCGCUCCUCGUCGCCUCGGCUUCCAACUCCAGUACAACCGGCGCGAGCAUUACCCUUGGGGCGACUUCCACGGUGACGUCACCAACAACUGCGACUGCAUCUUCUACCAGUACCACCACUCAUUCCUCUGCGAUGAGCAUCCGGGACCCGCGGACUAUCCUCAGCACGAUCUGUAUGCCUGCACUGGUGAUGGUACUGCUCCACCUCUCCUUGUAGGGCUCCCUCUGCCCUGCAAGCCACUCCCCGCCACAGGAACGUUGACCGCCAUGUCGUUUAUUUAUGCCUCCAUUAUUUAGUAGGUUGUAUGGACGUUAGCAUUCGCGCAUUUUUGAACAUUUGAAGACUCGAUCAU